UGGCGGCUAGACACGGGCCCAUCGGAGGUCCAGGCAUGAUGUCAGCCCAGGAGCUUGUGGCCUGCCUUUGCCGGGAGGGUGACCAGCACCUGGCCCUGGGGGACACCCCACUGGCCGCCGCCUUCUACCUGGCCGCCUUCAGCUGCCACGCCCCUUCAGCCGUGCGGCACGUCCGAGCCGCCCUGGCCGAGGCUCAGGGGUCGCCCGUGGUGGCCACCCUGGAGGCCUGGUGCCGAGGCGACAGCCAAAUCCCGGCCAUCCACUGGGACGGCAUGGUGGUGGUUUCUCUGACCGGGACCAUGGCCUCCGCCCUCCUGGCCACCCUCUGCCCGGAGCACCCCGCCGCGGUCCUGCACUCCCUGGCCAGCCUGCUGGCACGUGGGCGCCACGAGGAGGUGGUCCAGCGCUGUGGUGCCCUGCUGGACACGCACUGCCAGCAAACCCUGGAGCUGCAGCUGACCCGCGCCCUGGCCUGCAUCCUGUCCGGAACACAGGCGGACGACGGGGUGGCCGACUACCUCCAGGCCUUUGCGAUGAGUGCCGACCGGACCGUGGCCUUCGUUCACACACACCAGCAGCCCUACCUCCCGGCGCUGGUCAGCACCCUCCAAGGCUAUGUCGUGGGGCACCAGGAGGCGGGGGACAGUGCCAGCCAGCAGGAAACUGACUGCCGGGAACUCCUGGCAGCCCUGGACCCUGGGGGCACUUGGAGCAACGCCCUGUCCCCAGAAGCCCUGCUCCACAGAGGCAGGUACGCAGACUGCAGGGAGGCAUGCAGCCGGGCCCUUGAUGUCGACCCAGCGGACAGCAGACCCCAAGGGGCGCGUCUGGCCACCCUGCUGGUCACCCGCGCUGCCGCAGCCUUCUUCCUGAACAGCGGGGCCCAGGACCUUCUCCGGGACCUGCACGAGGCCUUCCGCGAGAGCCCCUCGGCAGCACGAAAGCAGUUCAAGGCCGUGCUCUCCACCACGGACCAGGCGUGCUUGCGGGCCCGGGUACUGGAGGCCAUGGAGGUGGGCUUCACCCACUUCCAGGAGGCCGUGCGGAACCGUCCAGAGCUCCGGGAGGACUCGGACCGAGAGCUGCUGGCCCCAGUGACCCUCGCGCUCCGUGUCCUGGUGCGCAUGGCACCACCUGGGGUGCGUCCAGCACUGGGCACCCGCCUAGCCGAGUGCCUGCUGCUGGCAGGGGACGCAGCAGGCGCCCGGGCACUGUGCGAGCGUUUGCUGCGGCCAUCACACACCGGGGACUAUGCCAGGGACCACGCGCCCCUGCUGGCACUGCGCGGGUUCUGCGCACUGCACACCGGCGACGCUCAGCGCGCCCAGGAGGACUUCCAAGAGGUGGUGGAGCUGGGGCCGCCGCACCCCGGCAGCUGCUUGCGAGCUCUGUGCGGCCGCGGGCUGCUGCGGGUGCUGGCGGGCAGCAAGUUCCUGGGAGCGCUGGACUAUGUCACCGCCUGCUGCCUGCAGCUAGAGGAGGCCCUGCUCGUCACCAAGGCCUAUGUACCCUGGAACCAGCGGGGGCUGCUGCUGACCGUGCUGCGGGAAGAGGGCCGCAGGAUGCUGCAGCGGAGGCCGGACCCAGGAUCCAAGAGCGCACCGGGCCGCCGGAGUAAGGCUGCGGAGAUGCACGGCCCUGUGGCGCAGGAAGGGGUUGCCCACGGUGUGUACCAGCUGGCCACGCUCCUGACCGAGCUGGACUCAGAAGAUGAGGCUUCGCGCCUCCUGGUGGCCGAUGCCCUGUACCGCUUGGGCCGCCUGGAUGAUGCCCACAAGGCCCUGCUGGUGGCCCUUUCCCGGAGGCCUCAGGCAGCCCCCGUGCUGGUGCGGUUGGCCCUGCUACAGCUCCGGAGGGGCUUCCUCUACGACGCCAACCAGCUGGUGAAGAAGGUGGUCCAGUCCCGGGACACCGCCUGCCUCCAGCCCACCCUGGACGUCUUCCAUCACGAGGACCGGCAGCGGCUGCGCGGCCACUGCCACGCGAGGGCCCUGUCCAUCCUGCGGGCACGACCGGGAGGCGCCGAGGGUGGAGCCCACACCAGGGAGGCCAUCGCUUACCUCUCUCUGGCCAUCUUCGCCGCAGGGAGUCAGGCAAGUGAGUCCCUGCUCGCUCGCGCCCGCUGUUACGGGUUCCUGGGCCGGAAGAAGACGGCCAUGUUUGACUUCAACUCUGUGCUGAGGGCUGAGCCGGGCAACACGCAGGCGCUGUGCGGCCGGGCGCUCCUGCACCUGGCCCUGGACCAGCAGAAGGAGGCCAUGGACGACAUCCUGUCGGCUCUGCAGUGCGGCCCGAGCACCGCAGUCCCUGAGAUCCGCUCGCUGAAGCCAGAGACCCAGGCCCUCAUCACGCAGGGCCUCUCCUCCCGCUGCCGGGCCCUGCUGAGCCAGCUGCAGGACACCGGGGCCCGCCUGAGCGACAAGGACGCCCAGAGCCUCUUGGCGGCAGGGAAAGCGCUGAUUGAAAUUGACGCGGGGCAGCCCGGUUGGCACGUCCUCCUGGCAGAUGUGCUGGCCACAGUGGGCAGCUUUGAGGAGGCUGGCACCUGCCUGCAAAAAGUCCUGCACCCCGCCCCUCCAACAGAGGCGGCCCGGGCCCGGCGUGGCCUGCUCCAGCUCAAGAAGGGAGAUGCGUCAGCCGCUGCACAGGACCUGCAGUGCCUGGCAGAGUCAGACACCCAGGACCUCAGCUUCCUGCUGCGUCUCCUGGAGGCCUCCGAGCGGCAGCGUCUCACCCAGGCUGCAGCCCAGGAAGCUGACACCCUCCUGAACUCAGGGCAUCCGGGCCAGGCGCUAGGUUACUGCUCUCUGGCCGUCCUGGCAGGUGGCGGCCAGGCCUGUCACCUACGCCUGCGGGCCACCUGCCUAGCCGAGCUGUGCGAGUUUGGCCGGGCACUCAGGGACCUGGACCACGUGCUCCAAGAGGGUUCAGGGGACAGCGACCUCCAGACGCAGGCAGCGGACUUCUGCUCCCAGGGCCGCCUGCUGCUGAACCUGGAGGAUGAGGCUGGGGCUGCCAGGGCCUUCUCCCAGGCCCUCAAGCUGGCGCCAACCCUAGCCCAGAGCAGCCUGCGGGAGCAGCCAGGCAAGGCCCCCACCGCCCGCACGCUUCUGUGCCGGGCACAGCACUGCCUGGAGGAGCAGCGUUACACCGAGGCCUGGACCGCAGCUGAGGGCGGACUCCUGGUGGAUCCAGAGAACAGGGGCCUGAAGAGGCUGAAAGCGAGACUCAGGAGGGAGACAUCCUCAGGCUGCCGGCUCCACUGACCGCAGCUCCGCUGACCCUGCGCCCUCCAGGCCCAGUCCUGGGGCCACCCGGUCAUUAUCUUUCCUGGUCCAGACCCCCGGCACGCACCCUGCCCCCAAGUCAGGGAUGCGCUCACCUACCCUCCUCCCCUUCCCCCUCCUGGGCCAGUCGGUGUUGGACAACCAGCCUUGGGAAGAGCUUCCUGCUUGCUUGGAGUGACCAUCCCGGGCAGCUCAGAGCCCCUCACCUCCGCGGCUACCUGAUCCCCAAAGCUGGGGCCGUCUUGACCCACACGUGGGGCUCAGACCUCAGAGAGCAGUCUUGGUCCUUGUCCCCUGCUUGGUUGCAGGUUGGGCAGGAUUCGGGUGGCCCUUUGUGGCCCUGGGGAGACAAUGCCAGCCCAGGAAGCCCUUCUCCAGGUGUGAAGCAGCCCUUGACCCUGGCCCGACCUUCGAGCCAGCCUCCUGCAGGGCCUGGGCCCCUCAAGGCCAAAACUCCCAAGCCGGGCAAGACCUGUUCUUUCAUCCAGGUUGUUCUCCACAGAACCCAGUGCCUUGGGAGAGCAGAUGUGCCCCCCGCCCCUGCCAAGCAGAGACCCCCGAGGAGCCCCUGAUGGGCAGAGCAUCCAGCUCUGGCAAAGCUGUCUGACGGAAAGGACUGGCCUACAUGGAUGAAGUUUACCUGCCCCCACCACAGUUUGCCUGGACAACCUCUCCUGCAAGGAACGGAGAAGCCCAGCCCUUGUCCCGUUGUCACGGAUGUCACCUGGCACAGCUGCAACUGCUAUAGGCUCACAGCAACCUCGGGGGGUUCAAAGAAGCCAGGUCCCAGCUCUGCAGUUUCUCCCCCGUGUUCGAGAACAUGACUGCUGGACGGGCCAUUGGGCGAAGUGGUGGAUUCACUCCUGCUCCCCCCGCCCAAGACAUCCUGCCCUCAUCCAUCCACUCAGGACCAGAGCGCGUCACGCUGCGUCUGCAGGUACCUGAUUCCCGCCCUGACUUUCCAGGAGCUGAUGCUCUUUGCAGACCCCCCGCCCCCCCUCCUCACUGCCUGGCUGGAGGCUGAGGAGCCAGGCCUGGAUGUGCCCCAACAGAGCAGCCCUGCCGCCUGGGUCAUCUCCGCCAGCGCGCAGGUGGGCUCUCAGCCCGAAGCUUCCUCUCCCCCAGCUCCAGGGCAGAAGCUCGGAACCAACGCUGUCUACCCCCGCCCCACCUGGCGCUUGAGUGGUGCUGGGUGCAUUUCCCAGGAGGUUUCCACGUGUGUAAAUUGCUUUCUUUUUUCCCUGGAGACUGGGGAGUCUUGUCCUGUAAGCUAGAUUUGCAGGUGGCCACAGUCGAGGUAGCCAGGAUGUACGGGAGCUACUCCUGAGCUCCUGGCUCUCCAGGCAGCAGCAACAGAGCGCAAGCUGGGAGCGGGGGUGGGCCUGCAGAGAGACCCUCAUCCUCCCAGCUCCACUGGUAGAGCCUGUCCUGCCCGAGUCUUCCCUGCCCACGUCAAGCUGGGCGGAGGGCCGUGCCCAUGUCUACAGGUACACGUGAGGGAUGUGCCAUCACCCCAGCCUCCCGCCAUGGCGCUCGCGUGGACAAAAACCAGCAGACGCUGGGCAGCCUCCAUCAGGUGGAGCUGAUCUAAGCCAGACUCUUAGCCGAGAGCAGAGGCUGCACCUUCUUUUCUCAAAAUCACAGUUUAGGUUACCAAGAAAGGGCCAUGGGAGGAUAGAGAGAGGACCCCCUAAUUCCAGACAAUCAAGUCUUGAUCCCCUGCGAGUGAAGCAAUUUUGGGUCCAAGAGGGAAACAAAUCCGGAAUUUCGGGGUCCUGGGAAAAUAAUAGUAAUGAAACCAGUCCAGGAGAGCAGCUGUGGGUUCCCGCCAUGGCUGUUCAGCCUGAGCAUGUUACUGACCAGUGAAAAUGAAGCGUGUCCGCAAUACGAGAAGUUAAAAAAAGACAGUAACCUGGAGGAAGUCAGUGGACAGGAGUUAAUAACGAUAAAAGCAGAAAUUGAUAAAUCAUAAAUAGAAAAUGGAGGAGCUAAUGCAUCCAAAAUAUAAUUCUUCACAAAUCAAAUUGAUGCACCGAAAGCUAACUUAAUCUAAAAAGAUGGGAAAACACAAAGAUACGCAAAAUUGUGAAGUAGCAGGGACAAAAUCACAUGGAGGAGGUUUAAAGAAUCAUAGGACAUUACUAGAGUUCCCACUGUGGCUCAGCGGUAAUGAACCCAGCUAGCAUC